GGCAAUAAAGACAAGCACAGAGAAACACCCCUUUAAUUUAGAGUAAAUAAUCGGUGUUCUUUAAUUUUAAUAAGUUUUUCUCUCCCUUUCUCAACAGCCUUGCAAAGGAGCACCAACUGCUUUGAGUAUAGAUCAAAGUUCUGGCAUAAAGGUAAAGGGUCUUACAAUUCAGAACAGCCAACAGAUGCACUUCACCGUAUCUCGAUCAGAAUCUGUGGUUGUCACCGGUGUAAAAAUUUCUUCCCCGGAAGAUAGUCCGAAUACCGAUGGAAUUCAUAUAACUGAAUCGAAAAAUAUUGUCCUCCAGAGCUGCAAAAUAGGAACAGGUGAUGAUUGUAUCUCAAUUGUCAAUGCCAGCUCAAAUAUCAUGAUGAAGAAAAUCUAUUGUGGACCUGGCCAUGGAAUCAGCAUUGGAAGCCUUGGGAAGGACAAUUCUGUUGGAAUAGUAACAAAGGUGGCAUUGGAUAAUGCCCUCCUUCGAGAAACUACCAAUGGCCUUCGAAUUAAAACAUGGCAGGGAGGGUCUGGUUAUGUCCACACAAUACGUUUCCAAAACGUGAUGAUGGAUGAUGUUUCCAACCCCAUCAUCAUUGACCAGUUUUAUUGUGAUUCUCCGACAACAUGCCAAAACCAGACAUCUGCAGUGGAAAUAAGUAAAAUUGUUUACCAGAACAUCAGUGGAAUUUCAAAGAGUAAAAAUGCAAUGAAAUUUGCAUGUAGCGACAGUGUACCUUGUAGUAACAUUGUGUUAAACAACAUUAACCUGGAGACCAGAGAUGGCACUGCUGAGGUCUACUGCAACUCUGUCACAGGAAUUGGCUAUGGAUAUGUACAUCCUUCCGCUGAAUGCAUCAACUUGUCUAUGAAGAAAAUUAAGCAGGUAACAGAAGCUGAGCUGGCUGAAAAGAAUAAAACAAAUAACCUUAUCCAUACUGAGUUAUAGCUUCUGAGAAGAUAUUGUCUGGACCAAACAUCUUGUAAGCAUAUGACUAUUUGUUUUUUAGUUUAGCAUCGUUUAUUUGAAUAGUCUUGGAUUUUGGGAUGCUAA